UGAUAUUGUACAUGUAGGCAAUGAAACUGUAAGCGGGAUUCCAGAUGUCGAUUUUAGAUGGAUAUUGGUAGCCAAAUUUUAGACUUGUUUGGUGUCGAAACUAUUCAGAUAUCAACAUUUUUAUUAUUUGUAAAUCAAGUCCUAUAUAUACCAGCGAUUGGCAGUCAAGUAGUGAGUCUUGGUUGAAUCUAGUUUCACACCAUUUGGGUAACACAACAGAAAAUAAGAAUGCAAUGGAUUACAAAGCUAAACUCCUAGUCCCAUAAUAUGCCCGCGGCAGUUAGAUCAUUGUGCCUUUGUGCUCAGUCUAUGCCUAGAUAUAUUUAUGUGUCAGAGAUCUGCCGAUGUAUUGGAUUCACUUUAAUUUUUAUCUGUUAGUUUCCAAUAGUUGCAACUUGUGGGUGGAUUAUAUGCAGAUCUCCUGAUUUAGCUUCGUCUAAGACUGUACUACUAACAACACAGAUUAAGCAUUUCUAUUGGAAUCACAAGAUGGCUGAGGAAGGUCAUAAGGUUAGCUUGAAUGUAUAUGACUUGAGCCAGGGAAUGGCUCGCCAGUUCUCCAUGACACUGUUGGGUAAACCUAUUGAAGGCAUAUGGCAUACUGGAGUAGUUGUCUAUGGCAAUGAAUACUAUUUUAGUGGUGGCUUGGAGCAUUCUCCUGCAGGAGCUACGCCAUAUGGUACCCCACUUCGAGUAAUAGACCUUGGUAUUACACACGUUCCCAAGGAUGUAUUUGAAAUGUAUCUUCAAGAGAUCAGCCCUCAGUACACAGCAGAGUCAUACAAUUUGCUCAAACACAACUGCAAUAACUUUAGCAAUGAAGUUGCUCAGUUUUUAGUCGGGGCUACAAUUCCAGACUACAUUCUUAACCUCCCGAAUGAAGUAAUGAACAGCCCUAUGUCUCCUCUCAUAUUGCCGAUGAUAGAACGACUAGAGCAAACCAUGAAGGUUGGUGCUGUGCCCCAAGCUCCAGAGUUCAAGGAACAAAUACUCUUUCCAGAUAAGGAGACUACAAGCACGAAAGUAGGUCAUGACCCUCUUGGAAUCAACAAGAAAGAAGGUGAAAGUAAGUCAAGUGGGACAACAAAAGAUAAUAAUAAUCCUGGUCAGGCUAAAGCCCCAGGACUUGGGGACGCUCGGGGAAAGUUGCAAGAAGAGAUUGCCAGUGAAUUUGCAGCCAUCAUGGCAAGUGGAACCUUGGGUGCCAGUGAGGCUGCUGUACUGGCCACACGGAGGGUGAUGGAAAAAUAUGGAAGUACAAAGAGUACGCAAAGCUAGAGUUGUGCUGAAUUUCUUAUUGUUGCACUAUUGCAGUUAGAUCAUUUGAUAUUUCGAUUUAAACUAGACUUUAACAGAAUCCUGAAGAAUGUUAGGCCAAAUAUUACAGUGGAUUCAUUUCAAUAUAUCAUUGCCUGAGUUAAACA